CUGAAUUCCCUCAUGAGAAGUGUCCUCCCAGCUUCCCAUGCACACCCUAACCUGUCCAUGGGUCAUGCCAUCUUAACUGAUGUCCUGAAGAGCAUUCCUCACCAUGGAUAGUCCACCCAAGCUGACUGGCGAGACGCUGAUUGUCCAUCACAUUCCACUGGUUCAUUGCCAGGUCCCUGACAGACAGUGCUGCUCCGUGAACAAAAGGACCAACCCCUUCUGCCAGCCAGAGAUAGGCAUCACACAGACCUCUGUCCUUCCAGACAGAGACCUUUCACAGACUGACUCCUUGGUGUACAACAGUUUUCUCCAAAGCUCAGAAACCUCAGCAGAAGCCUCAGACAACAAAGAGAGCAAAGCAAGGGACUUGAUUGUCCCUGGUGUCAGUAAGUGGCACAAUCCUUUCCUGCUAAAUGAGGGUGAAGACCUCAGCAUUUUUGGGGAUGACUUGGGUCAAAAAUCUUUCCACCUUCACAACUCUCUUGUGUCUGGCAAACCUCCCUUUCACCUGCACGAGCUGUCCUUGCCCCCUUUCCACCUCCACGACUCCAACCAUAUCGUGAAAUCCUGGAACAUGGCCAGUCGAUCUGGUCUGGUGGAUGGGCAAGAGGGCAAAAUCAGCAGUGAUGAUAUCCAGAAGAAGAACAAUGUCAACAGGUGCCGCCAGGCCUCCGAACGCAUGGAGCUGGAUGAAUGCAGCUGCCGUCGUAGGAGCUCUUCCAGCUUCUCUUUUGAUGGUGGUGACCAGGAAUGGAACCAGAACACAGGUGACGCACUGAGGAAUCAGGAUGCUCUGCACAGCCGGACAUGCAGCUGCUCCAACUCAGAGCUCCAGCACUGUCGGUGCUAUAGUUCAUCAAGUCGGUCAGAAGUGAUUGACCAGCAGAUGGGCUACAUCAGUGACUCUUCCUGCAACAGCUCUGAUGGAGUGCUGGUAAACUUCAGUGCUCUCUACAACAAAAUGAAUGACCAUUCUCGGUCUAACUUGAAUUCAGCCAAUCUGUCCUGUGACUCUUCCUUCUGCAGCCACUCAGACACAGGAGCUUUUUACCUGGAUUUGCAUUCGUCACCCACAGAAUCCAAGAUGUCUUGUGAAUCGCAUCAUCCAGAGAGUUCAGAGAAGGUGUGUGGAUGUCACCACUCCUCCUCACCUGUCCUUGAUGCUAAUUGCAACUCCUACCACCUCCACUGCGAGCCUUGCACUUCAGAGAGCUCAGAUUUCACUGCCUGCUUCCAGAGCCAAGCACGGCUUGUUGUGGCCACUCAGAAUUAUUAUAAAUUAGUCAGGUGUGACUUGUCUUCCCAGUCAUCCCCUAGCCCAGCAGGGUCUUCCAUAACCAGCUGCUCAGAAGACCACACCAAAGGUAGCCCAGCCCAGCCCAAUGAAUACUACCUGUUUAGAAGGCCUGCCUUGAGACGAGAAGAAAGCAAUGCAGAAUGCAGUGAAGUGGAGACAAAGGGAGAAACCACACAGAAUAUUAUUGAGGGUCAGGUCUAUGUAAAUGUAUCACCACCAAACCUCAACACAGGCCGACAGCGCUCCAGGAGCUACGAUCAGAACCUGGACAGGAGUCCCAACAGCCGGCUGGCCUCUCUGGAGCGCAUGGUGAGCUGUCCUGUUAUGUUGAGUGAAAGUCCAGCAAUACUCAUCCAGAGUUCUCCCCCAAAGCGAGUGACAUCUUUUGCUGAGCUGGCCAAAAGCAGGAAAAAGAAUGGUUCUUCCCCACCCCUCCGGCCCAGUGGUGAUUCCUCCUUGGAGUUCUCUCCUAUUCCUGAGACACAGCGGGAUUGUCCAACCUUCCUCGAAGAAAGAGCUCACCGCAGCCAGAGUCUUCCACCCAUGCCCUUCGUCCAUGGCCUGAACCAGAUCUGUGAGGGCUUCUGCUUGGCUCACACCUUUGGAGAUGGCCAGGCUUUGUGUUCCACCAAAGACUUGGGCUCCAGUGAGACCAUCCCUGGUGGGCACGGGGCAGGUGAGCAAACCUCUCUCUCCCUGCUCACGGAGGCCAAUGCUGGCUGCUCAGGUAGCUCUGCCAGUGUCCAAGGACAAAGAGAU